AAGAACAUUUUCACGCCAUGCUAGUAGGCUUCAGUUCGCCGUGAAACGUCUCCGAGAUGAAUCGCGACAGUUUACUGAAUAAGACGCUUAGUCCUCCUCUUUCAUCUCGAGUACCUAUUUCGCAUUCUAAUGGUAUUGCUUACUCUAAUUCUUCGUUUUCCGGAGGCCAGAUGAAUGAGCCAAGCUGGAUACCCUCGAUUCGUGGAUCUACUCACUCGGUAUUUAUUCUGAAAUUUUUAUUUGAUGCUUUUUGUGAUAUUUGCGUCCGCGCGCCCGCUUGUCGGUCUCGAGUACUGGCGUUCGCUCGCUCGCCCGCAUCGGCUCUUUGGCGCUUUUUUUUCGCACUCAAAAAAAUUCUUGCGCUUGAUAGACUAUAAAUAACUAUUUUUUCCUCUUCUUGUUAUAGCUGUCUUUGCCGUCAAGAUCUAACAACCUGGUAUGUGAUAAAUAAAAUAAAUACAACUUGAUCGAAUUCAUUUCCGUUAGUCAAUAUUACACUCGGGUGCUCAAACAUCGAUCCUCUCUUCCUGCUUAUAGAUUCCUCCAAGUGUGUUUGAUGGCUUCGACGACGCGCACCUACUCUCUACGUCGCAGCUCGAGCCUAUUCCGAAAUAUCUCUCCACGAAGCCGAGUAAGCCUUCAGGAUUUGCAAGCCUGCACAGCUAUCACUCAACUCACUCGCACGAUACGAGCACGUACGAUGCUCACGAUAUUCUGGAUCAGAUCUCGGCCUCACUACAACCAACAGUAAGCGAGUCAGCUUUUGAUAAACCGUUCGAAACGCCAUCGCCGAUAACCGCCACGCCUGCUCACUCUUUACACUCAGCUCUCCAUUCUGCUAUCAGCGUGGCAGCCAGUAGCGACGAUGUUAUGAAUCCUAGAGAGCUAGAAUGGUUUGCAGAACGUUUCAAACAAAGAAGAAUCAAGCUUGGCGUAACCCAGGCAGACGUUGGAGCUGCACUAGCCCAUUUGAAAAUCCCUGGUGUGGGCUCGUUGAGCCAGUCAACGAUAUGUAGGUUUGAGUCUCUUACACUGAGUCACAAUAAUAUGAUGGCAUUAAAACCCGUACUGACAGCAUGGUUAGAAGAGGCUGAGAAAGCGUACAAAUUGAAGAAUACAACAAGCCAAUUUCUUCCAAAUUCGGAUAAAAAAAGAAAGCGAACAUCGAUCGGUGCCGCUGAGAAGCGUUCACUGGAGGCCUACUUCGCCAUGAACCCGAGACCUUCAAGCGACAAGAUUGCGUCUAUCGCUGAAAAACUGGACCUUUCAAAAAAUGUCGUGCGGGUAUGGUUCUGCAACCAACGACAAAAGAAGAAAAGAAUGAAAUUUUCCGUCCACUAGAGAUGAAAUAUUAUGGAGGAAAUUCUGAAAUUUCCUGCCGGAAAUCCCCUGUAAAAUGGCUCCACGGAUGGACGGUACUUUGUGUGGAUGAAUGUAUUGAGGAGGCCGGUCCGAAACGACAGAGUUGGAGAAAAUUACAAAUGGUGAUUUUAUUUAUACCCUAGACUGAAUUUUUAAGUCAAUGAAUGAAGCAAGUACUGAUUUUUAUUGCUGUUACUAUUAAGCUACUGACUGAUGUCUAAAAAUGCGAUAGUUCGCGGCUAUCUAAUGAAAGGACGCACUCGAAAUUGAUAGAAAUUACCUCGUCUGAAAAGCGCGGAAGCCCUUACGAACGGCGAUGGAAGACGUUUCGUUAUCUUCGAGAAAUUAUCGCGAACAGCUUAACAGCCCGCAGGUAAAUAAUAUUCAGUGUAUACCCUAUUAGCUUAACAACGAAGAGAAAAAAUUCCGAAACAUAAAUCACUUCCGCUUAGAGUAAAAUUAUUCAUCAUCCAUUUUGCCACAAUUUCACCGGAGUAACGAUCGAAGUUUCGAUUUUAAGGCCCGAGGUUUAGAUGAUAAUAAGGCCCGAAAUGAUUUGGCGGGCUUUACACCUGUUUCACUUUGCCAAAACCAAUUUCCCCAUUUAUGAAAAGUUGAAUGUAUUACUUGCAAUUUAUGUAAAUUUGGAAGUUCUUUGUGAGGAAAAGCCGUUAAGACGUUAUUAGUUUGGCAUAGAAUCUGAGGAGAGAUAGCAAAUCGUUAAAUUAGGCUAAAACAAAUACGAAAACGUCCACCGCUUUUCAAACGGUUUUUCUUCAAACAGAACUACCUCACUGACAUCAAUUACGAGCCCGGGUUUGGCUUUGUUCACUGGUGCAGUCCAAUGAAAGCGAUCCUUUUAAUUGCUUGCAAACACUUCAGUAGAGAGCCUUUACUACUAGAUAGAAAUAAUGGCGUAGGCCCGGAAAGUAUAUGUAUUUAAAUAUAUAUUUUGAAAUUUUAUAUGUCGAGGAAACUUUUAUGAAUUAAUCUUAUGGUGUAUAUUUAUUAAAGCUGUACAAAUUUUCUCGCUAGCACCAUAAUUUAAGUCAUUUUCUGAAAUUCAAUUUCAUUGUAAGUCGCUGGUGCUGCGGAAAUGUCUUCGAUGUUUUAAGUUAUUUGAAAGACCGCAUAAAAUGAAAAACCAGUCUUCAAAGUUUACAGAUUUGUAAUGAAUAUUGCUUAAAUAGGCGAGA